AGUUGUUUUUAAAGAUGGCGGCCCCCAUAAUAUUCUGUUCAUUGGCUUGUCUCGUUCGCUUGCAUUGCGCCUUCGCUUCAUUGGGAGGUGCGCACCACCGAAAGCCAAAAAACGGCGGAGCCAGGUGUGCACCAGUGGACAACAAUCACAGGUGUUGACCCUCACCUUAUGGGUUCCCCCCCAGUUCCCGUCUGCUGGCACGCAUCUCGCCUCAGCUGAAGCGGAAGGCUUGAUGACCGAAAAUGGCAGCCACGGAUGCAGUAGUGUGCGUCAGAGACGACUCGUCUUCGUCGAGCGAAGUAGAGGUCCUGCGUGCCAACCUGCGUGAUGAACGUGCGGCUUGCGUGUGGGUGGAGCAGUAUGGCUUGCGCACCAACACAUCGUGGAUUGUAGAUUCUGUCAAGUCGACAAAGCAAUGUCAAAGGAUGGUGCUCCAUAAGACGUGGUGCUGCAAGCAACACAGGCGCAACAAGUCACCCGCGAAGCCUAGGGUGGACUGUCCGGCCAAGAUCGACAUAAAGAUUAAAACAAUAAACCGCCACACGAGGAGGACGGACCCAUUGUUCCUUCGACGAGACAUUCCGCUGCCUGCAGUGAUCAAGCUGCGCCAUCACAAGGAGCAUUCGCACAGCACAGAGUCUGCGGAUGCACUUCGUCGUCUCACUCCCUUGUCGGAGACGAAGAGGACGUUCUUCGGCUAUUUCAACGACGGAAUGUCUCCAGCCAAAGCCAUCAAGCUGCACGAAAGCAAGCUUCUUGCGCGCAAGGAAGGCCUUGCCCUGCUUGCCAACGCCGCCGUGAACCCCUUGCCUUCGGCCGUGUACUAUUGGCAUAAACUUUGGCGUGAGGGCUACUGUGGCAGGGACGUGGAACCACUCGAGAAGCCUGCGGAGAAGGUGCCCGUGGACGUGCAACCAGAGUCGGCCAUCCCUCAGGAGAGAGUGCAGCCGACAGCAGAGCCUCCUGCAGCGGCGGUCACCUUCGCAGCCCCCUGCGGGAACCCCCUACAAGGUGGGGCCAGCAACCAAGAAUCGCCCCCGGUGUCCAAGCGACCCCGAGCGCUGUCAACGGAGCAGCCACACGUGCUGCAGCCCUGCAAAGGCAACGGAUGCCCGACUUCGGAAGAAGAAACAAGCCAUCCAACAGAAGCCAUCGAGGACGAUCGGUUCAGCUGCUGCUUCUGCGGUCACACCUCGAGAGGUCACCAUGCCAUAGUCAGCCACAUCCUUGCCCAUUCCGGGGAACGACUGCCUAUUCUGGCGCCCGCAGCGCGCAGGCCCCCCUUUGAGAAAGUGGGAGCGAAGAGAACUCGCCGCAACUCACAACGGUGGAACAACCGUUGCGUCCAGAAGAGUUCAUCACAAAAGACAAACUCGGCAGUCGCGCACGGAUGCACGCCGGAGAAGAGCCGUACAAGUGCCGCUUUCGUUCCGGGUCAUUGAGUCUGCAACAUUCGCCACGUUAGCCGACUUCGACGGAGCUUUACGGGAGUUCCAAGUCGACAACGAACUUGCGAUUCGCGUUAGCAUAGUGCCGCGGCCAUUCGCUCUUCUAGAGUGGAGUCGAAGCUGGUAAAUUUUGAGGCUGAUAUAAAUCAUAAUGACUGGA